AUGUGUCUAGCAACACCCCCACCCAUCCAACGAACUCACCUCCAAACACGACUCCACCGCCGCCGCUAUGCCUCCCCGUCUACCAACUGCGAGAUUACUGUCCUGCAUCUCCCCCCUCCGGAUAUCUUCAACCCGUACGCCCCACCCUAUCCCCCCACCUCGUUCAAUUCCUCUUUCGCCCCCCACUAAUGCUACUUCUCUAAACCAACGAUAGCAAAACUCCGCUUUUCCACCACCCCUAUAACACACAAAAAAACAGCUAACCCAAGGCCCAAUGAUCUCAUAAAAUGGGCCAAAUCCGAAAAAAUCCGCAGAGAAAACCUAGAGAAGCGUAAGGAGCGAAAGAAGGAACGGUUGUCCUCCCGCAUCGACCCGGUCCUAGGCACAGACACCGAAUUCGUUGAGUCCUUCGACACGCAGCCCCCACCCCUACCCCCCGUGGACUGGGCACGCGCACACAACGUCGACCCCCUCGCCGGGCAUACGGAAAGAACACACUUAAACCACUACCUCACACCGGAGGACCUCGCCGAAGGACUCGAGCGCUCCCGCUGUCUCACGAAACCGUGUACCGACACUCUGACGGAGUCCGGGUCCGCCGGCUUUUCAGACAGGCAGAAGGAAGAAGCCCUCAUCAGGGCGCAUGAGGAAGCGCACAACCGUUCCGUCUCCGCGAUCCAGCGAAUCACGAGUUUGAGUAUUGGCUCUAGGAGCGAUAAGAUGAGGGUUCAGAAGGCGAGGUGUAUAGAUUUAUUCGGCAGGCACGUCACGGAUGAGACGCUCCCGCGGGACCCGGGAGCACCGGAUCCAGCCGAGUCUAACAAGACUCCCAGGGCUGGGCCGGAUACAGGGAGCAGCGAGGUUCAGGCUGCCAUCUUGACGGUGAAAAUCAGGAACCUGGCGAGGCAUUUGGAGUUGAAGGGUCCCACGGAUAAGCAUAACAAGAGGAAUUUGAGACUACUAGUGCACAAGAGGCAGAAGCUUUUGAAGUAUUUGAAGAGGAGGGAGAAGGGUGGGGUUAGGUGGAGGAAUGUUAUGGACGCUAUUGGGUUGGAUGAUGAUGCGGUGCAAGGGGAGAUCAUGAUGAGGUAG